AUGAAUCAUAUCGGAGAGCAACCAGGCUUUGAUUAUGACGCUACUGUAGCGAGAGUGAAGCGGUUUGCAGUGGCUCUUGCCGAAACGGAAUUACAAUCGUCCAAGUCGUUGGAGAAUGUGGCUUCGGAAAUUCAAAAUAUACAGAAUAACAACACCUUGCUGCAUAAUCAAAUUACCACACUGUGUUCGGCUCAGAUUGAGGAAGCGCAACGUGCCUUAUUGUUGAUCAACUCAUCCCAAAAUAUUCUCAAAGAUGUAAAAUCAGAAUUUUCGAGUCUUAAAGAGAAGGCUAGAAAAGGACAAGAAAUCAUCAAGUGCUAUUCCACGAUUCGGAAAGCGUUUUCAAUCCUGAGUAUGAUCGGAAAAACAAGGGAAUGGAUUGCUAGGCUUCUCCAUCUCAGAAAAGAAGUAUUUCAAAUGAAACAAAUAUUGAGGACUGAGUUAGAAAAGCUAAUGAACCAAGAUGAAGAAAUAGAACUAGAAGAAGAAGGCGAUGUCUUUGAUGAAGAGGUCGAUUUAAGCCAAUUUGGAUUUGAAGAAACUGACUUUAAUGAUGAAGAACCACACAACGUAUUGAUCACCAUUUAUGAAAGAUUAUGCGGAUUGGAAGACUUUAGGUUAAAAGCUCUCGAUGAGACAUCAAAUAAUCCCCAAAGCAUGCAAGUGUUUUCAAAAUACCUAUCCAUCAUUGACUCUGUCAUGCAUUUGUUUAAUAAGGUCAUGGAGAAGCACUUUGAGAAUGCAGUGGGCUUGUCGCAUGAAGAGCCAGAAAAAUUAAUUCAGGUUAUUAGAAUUAUGGAAAGAGAUGAGAAGCGGAAACGGACGGUAGAAGCUGAUUCUCUUACAUCACACGACAUGGAACCCGUUACCUUAAGAUAUUCUUACAAAAACUAUCGACAAAUGUGCUUGGAAUCCAUUGAAAGAUAUGUUCAAAACUCGUUGAGGUAUGAAGUUGGAAACGAUGAAAAUAUUGAAGAUGUCAUGGACAAGAUGAAAAAUCUUGUUGAGUCUGAGUUGGAAACCAUCGAAAAACAUCUAGUUGUUUGCUUUCCAACAAAAUAUAACAUUUUUGAAAAGUGUGUAGAAUUUUUCGACAACGAGGUUCGACACAUUUUAAGUCACUACAUCACCGACGAGACAGACAAUAUUACAAGAUCUCAAAUACUUAAAUGGCUCAUAGAGUAUCCAGAAAUUUACGACCCAUACCUUGACUAUCUCGAAGCUGUGAAAAUUGACUAUUCUGGAAUGAUAACUGACCUUAAAACCACUAUUAACAUCACCUUCUUUAAAUCGAUCAUGGAGUGGCGAGAGAAGCUUGUUCAAAAUCUCUUUAACACGAUUUGUAAAGAUAAUUCUGAUGAAAAAGGGUUCUUGAUACAAGACGACAUUUUAUAUACAUAUGGACCGAUUGAUUUCUUCACUACCCUUGACCAGGCAUUGCAAUCUAUUUCUCAAUGUGGCCAAAAAGAUCUGAUGGAACAAAUUUCUUUUGCAAUAAGACAAACUUUGACUGAUUACACUGCAAACUUAAAGGAUGGUGUUAAUCGACAUAUGGAUAAAAUCACAAUCAAGAGAUUAAUUGCUCUCUCCAACGACUGCAGUAAAUGCAUUUUGUUUACUCAAGAUCUACAGGACCAAAUUGCAGAGGUUUUACCGGACUUGGAAAUGGAAAAAAUAACCAUGGAAGAAGUAUUGAGUGGUUUUUCUAGCCUUUCUUCUGAACUUGUAAAUACUCUUUGUCAGAGAUUUAUAUCGAAAAUUGAUCCGUGUCUAGAGAAAAUUUUCACGAAAGAUUGGUAUUCAGAUAAAGGAGAACACACAUGUGUAACGGAAGCUUUAGAACUUUUACAGAACGAUAUUCAAUUACCAAUUGAUUUUAUGGAAUGGGAAAAGGUUGUAACAAUUGUUACCAAAGUAUUUAAUCAUCUGGUAACUAGAUAUAUUGACUCCUUGAUGACAAAGAAGUUUACGUUCACCAAAGAAGAACGUGAGAUAGUGAAGAAUGAAAUCGCUGCAAGCAUUGCGUUUUUACCUCCAGAAGACGAUAACGGCUGGGUCUCUACCAUUGUGAAGCCUCUUAGAUUGAUAGAAGAUGUGUUCGAUACCAUCGACGAUGAAGAUCUGCUUCAGUGCAUGUCAGAAGCUACAAGUACAUAUUCAGAUCUAGGAGAAAUCGUUUUUGAAACUCUUGUAAAGAAAGCUGGUUUUACAAAGGAUCGAACGGAGCUUUACCUCUCAACCAUUUCACAAUUCUUCAAAACAAAGAGUAAGCUUGCCCAAAGAAAACAUGACAAAAAGUCGUUAUUUGGCGUUUAUAAUCCCAAAGUAGAAGAAGACAAAUCUUCAACCAAAUCAGAGGUUAAAGAAAAGAAAACAACCUCAGAAAAGAGAGUUAAAAAGAAAAAAUCCCUUCGAAGAAUCUUUUCGUCACAAGCAGAACAACCCAAAGCUUUGUCGGCCAGUUUCACGGACCCCUCAAUUCCAGACGACGAUGACGAUGGAGAUUUGCCCUCCAAGCCAACAACAACGAAUAGCAGCCCAGUUUCAGUCAUUCCUGCGGGGGCAGAAAAAAAGAAAGGAGAAUCUGGUGUUUCCGAAAUGAAUCUGUUAGAUUAUUUGGAUGAUUAG